AUGAACCCAAAAUCAGUUUUGAGCAUUGCUUUUCUUGUGUUGGCGUUGGUCUGCCUUGUGCAAGCCCGCCAUGUUCCACGCCACCAAAGCCGAUACGUGCAAGUGAACGGUGAUGAGGAUGAUGACUACUCGUCUGAUGAAAGUAAUGUUGCCGGCCGUCACCCACAUCCAAAUACACAGCGCGCACUUUCGCACGCACAGGCACGUGUCUUCCCCGGCGCCGUGGCCAUCAAGAAGUUGGUGUUGUUGAAAUUCAAGAAAAUCGUACCAAUCUCUUUGAUUUUGUUGAGAUCAAGUGAUGAAAAUGAAGGCGAAUUAGUGCCCGUGUAUCCAACAUCUGAAAUUCCAGCCAACGUACAAUUCAUUCCCACGCCAAACGGUAUCUCGGGACAUCCCGAUGUACAAGCCAUUGCUAUACCCAACGAAUUGCAUCAACAACUCGAACUGAACGGUCUAGCCAAUUUGGAGAGUAUCGAAGGCCUGCUCAAUCAAGCACAAGAGGGUGAUGUUGAAGCCGAUGCUGAAGAUAAACCAGUUGCUGUUGUUAAUGAAGAGCCCAACCCAGAGGAUGAACCUUUGAAUGUGGCCGAAGAGGAUGUCGAUCAAUUGUUGGAAAAUCUGUCCGUGGAUAAGACCAAAAUUGCAACAGCGGACGUACAGUCAGUGCGUCGCUUGGCAGCCGAUGACCUUGCACGCCCGAGCCUUGUGCGUGCCUCGCAAUUCCAAACGGGUGUCGAAGAGAUUCCCUUGUUCCUCUACGCAGCCAAAGACACACCACAAGUAGUGCAUUCCGUUCGCAAGGGUGGACGUAAACAUGUGAAGCAAUCAGCACGUCGCUACCACCAAUGAGCGGUAUUUGAGGAU